UUGGACAUACAGAUAAAGGAGCCUUGCCGAAAUGGAUGGGAGAAGAAAAUAGCCCUUACAAAUAUCUCGGUAAAAGCAUACAAAUUAGAAGUAUAAAUUUAUUAUCAUACGAGAUGGACGAAAUUAAAGCUAAGAAGGAGACUCAACGAUGGUUGAGCGGUAACUACACUAUGUUAAUUGCCGAAUUUAAAUUUAAACGACGUUUGACCGGUAACAUGAUGAAUGUUUACAUCCCUAGUACAUUAGUGGUCAUGCUAUCAUGGCUCUCAUUUUGGAUCGAUGUUCACGCAGCACCAGCACGAGUAACUUUGGGUGUGACUUCAAUCCUGACUUUAGUCACUCAUUUGGUCCAGUCCAGAAGCUUCGUGCCUCCUGUGGAUUAUUUGAAGGCUCUGGAUAUUUGGUUUAUAUUCUGCAUCGUUUUGAUAUUUUUAUCUUUACUGGAAUAUGCUCUAGCUUACCAAGCCGCCAUCAAAAUGAAAGAG